AUGCUGCCCCCCUUCUCGAAAACUGUGGAGGCGAUCGUGUUUUCAGAUUCUGCACUCCCUGCAGCACUGAGCUCAGAGCAGGUGCAACUGAUUGUGUCCAGGCUGGAGGAAAUAACGAGUGCAGAUAAGCGGCCGUGUGAGCACCAUUUCUUUGGAAAAGACUCCGUCUGUGCCCAAACCAAUAGUUUUUUAGUCGCGCAGGGAUGCCCAUCACGCGCGCUUGUGGAGAGUUGCUUUGUUGCCGCGGGCGAGCACUCAGAGCUGGGAGAAAUGUUGCAGUGGUUUGCCAGCGCCGUUGUGGCGUUGUUUGUGGACGGUGUAAAGAGCGGAGUGAGUUUCCCGCAGGCAUGGGAGGAAUCGAUGCGGAGGUACCCCACACUCGCCGCCCACACUUUUGAGCUGCAGGGGUUCAGUGCGUUGUUUUCCUUCCUGCUCUUCCAGUUGGCGGCGGUGGAGGGAACAAUGAGUCGGCGCGGGGCAAGUGGUGAUGUUACCGACGUACAAGAGGUGAUGCGGCGCAGUAGCCGCAAGAAUGUGCAGAGGGGGAUCAAGCGCGAAAGGGUCUUCAGGCAGCGGGAAGUCACGCAGGAGCGUGCAUCAGGGCGAUUCAUGGCCACAGCUAGCCACAAUGUCGGGACUGCGGCACCCAAAGACACGGCUGUCGCUGCAGCGGCGACAACGACAACGAUUGCUGGUAUGUGCCAACGCACUGCAAACCCUACUGUGUUGCCGCAUCGUCCACUAGCGAAGACGUUAAUAAUGAGAAAUGUGCAGCCGUUGUGGAAUCCUGAAGAAGCCACUGACUCAUCUAAAGCGUUGAAGCCGAUGGUACCGUCUCCCAGUUUGGAACUCCCUGCAAGUAAUAAAGGUAAAGUGAGGUUUUUGGACAGCAUGCCUUCACCAAUGCAGGUUCCACGACAGACGGCUGAUAGCGGAACUCUGGCCCCCGACCCUGGUGAAACAUCACUCUUCCAUUAUUCCAAGUGUAAAGAUGGAACCUUAGUGCAGGCCGGUGUGUUCACACCACCUCUGGCUAUUCAAUCGAAGACAAUAACAAAUAACACUGAAAACGUCAAUAAAGAUGUGGACUCGAAUAAUGGGGCAUGUACUUCUCUCAGGUUGUCCAAUCUUCAGGGCGUUAUAUCUCCCACUGCAGAAGAAUCCGCGUCUGAGCGGCGGAGGCGAAAGGUGCCCGCAGAUAGACCCGGACCUUUUCGGAUGGAGGACCUUCAACAACAAAUGCGGACCGAAGAGCUGCGUAGAAAGUACGGUGUAAAAAAAAUUAUUAACUAUGCAGAGAGAGAUCUGGAAGAGGCCAGGGAUCAGAUGGAACGAAUGCGCGAGAUACUAGAUGCGGAAUAUACUCCGAUGUCGGAUACAAAGUGA